AGCUGCAAAUUCUAGGGUCAUGGCUGAGGGGAGAGAUGAUGAUGCGCGGCCAAACACGGGGAGAGGAGCGUCUACAAGCGCGCCCGUCUUCGAGCCCGGGCAAAAGGUUACAUGCAUAGCCAGCUUCGACGGCCAGCAGUACGCGACCGAAAUUGUGGACCGGCGGAUAGAACGUGGCGAGUACGUGUACUACGUACACUAUAUAGAACGCGACCGGCGGUUAGACGAAUGGGUGACGGUCGACAAGCUGUCCUCAUGGGCCACGACGCCCCGCCCCAGCCUGGCACGGCUGGAUACGCUGCCCAGCAUCUCCAUGGGCGGGGACCUGACGUCCCCAACGGGUGACGGCAACACGCUCAAAGUGACGCGGAGGCUGAAGCGGAAAUAUGAGGAGGCGCACCACCUAGCAGGGGACGAUCACCACGCGCACGGGGGUGACCACGGCCACGACAAGGACCACCACCACCCGCCGCGGGUGAAGAACAUCCAGAUGAUCGAGUUCGGGCGGUACGAGAUGGACACGUGGUACUACUCGCCGUAUCCGGAGCCGUACGCCUCCUGCACCAAGCUGUACCUGUGCGAGUACACGCUGAAGUACUUCCGGAAAAAGAAGACGCUGCUGCGCCACCUGGCCAAGCUGGACAUCCGGCACCCGCCAGGUGACGAGAUCUACCGCUCGCCGCCUCCGCCGCCCGGCCAGCCCAAUUACAGCGGCGGUGCGGUGACCAAGCCGCCCAUCAGCGUGUUCGAGGUGGACGGCAAGAAGGCCAAGGUGUACUGCCAGAACCUGUGCCUACUGUCCAAGCUGUUCCUGGACCACAAGACGCUCUACUACGAUGUGGACCCCUUCCUCUUCUACGUCAUGUGCGAGCGCGACCAGCACGGCUACCACAUGGUGGGCUACUUCAGCAAGGAGAAGAGCUGCAUGGAGGACUACAACCUGGCCUGCAUCCUCACGCUGCCCGCCUACCAGCGUAAGGGCUACGGCAAGUUCCUCAUCGCCUUCGCCUACGAGCUGUCGCGGCGCGAGGGGCGCGUGGGCACACCGGAGCGCCCGCUGUCCGACCUGGGCGCGGUGAGCUUCCGCAGCUACUGGACGCGCGUGCUGCUGGAGCAGCUGCGCAACGUCAAGGGCGACGUGUCCAUCAAGGAGAUGAGCGACGCCACCAUGAUCCGCGGGCAGGACAUUGUGGAGACGCUGCAGAGCCUGGGCCUGAUCAAGUACUGGAAGGGCACGCACCUCAUCCACGCCGACCCACGCGUGGUGCAGGAGCAUUGGGCCAAGUUCGCGCACCAGCGUGUGAUUGAGGUGGACCCUGCCUGCCUGCACUGGCAGCCGCUGCCCGCGCCCACCGCGCGCAAGCGGCCGUGAGGUGUAGGAGGUGGUCGUUGAGGGCGAAACGGGGCGCGCUUUGUGAGGACAAGGUUGUGGUGGUGUUUGCGUGACUGAGCGUUUUGACUGAUUUUGACUGUGCGGUACUGAACUUCGACCUGCUAAGGACCUGUUCAACUUGGAUGACGAGGACGCGCACGUGGCUUGUGCUGGUACUUUUGUAUAUGGUAGCGGUUGCCCGUUUUUAAAGCACAGGAAAGCAUGGCACAGUGAAGGUGCGACAUGGGGUAGACGGACCGACAAAGAGGGCAUACGGGUGGUGCAUGAGCUGACAUGUUUGGCGAGAUGCAUGACCGAUGAACGAUAGCGCCCCAAGUGGCCGGUGGGUGUACAUUAGCUGCCAUCCGCGCUAUGAUUAUCGUAGGGAGGGGUGCUGGGGAUGACCGGAUGAGCGGCCAACCCAUGGCGUGUCCCACGGUGUCCCUGUACACACACUGAACUAUGGCAUAAGUAACAGCAUGCCGCGUGCAUAUAUGCAUCAAAGCAUGUAAAGAGCAUGGAGCACAUGGACUGAUGGACAUACCGCUUCCGACGUGCAACAGUAGGGCCCUUU